GUCAUCCUGUUACUAUAUGAUCGGUGAUGUCAUACAGGGGGCGGGGUCUAUGUACAGGCUGUUGUUUCACUCAUAGAUGUUGUGUACAGUUGUAGCUGUUCCUGUAUAUCGCUCGAAUAAUGAAUAUUUUGACUCCUCCCACGAGCCGCCCCGUUAUUCAUGUCUGCAGUAGGCCCCUCCCAUGACGUAACGGCCCCGCCCCUUCUAUCGGAGGAGACCGAAGAGCGGCGGAGAUGGAGACAGAGUGACCGGCGGGAGAGCGACAUGAGCGGCCUCCUCCUCCUGCUGCUCCUGGCCCUGCACCCGCAGCGACCCCCGGGGGCCCCGACCCCCAACCAGGAGACUUUGGGGACUCCUCCAGGCAGAGGGUCGUCAGAAUGGCCCCUUGUUCCUGGGGCUGAGGGUUUGGGAUCCUCUCCUGCAGACAUUGCACCCACUCAGGAUUCCAGAUUCCUACUGGGGCUGAAGGGGUUAAUCCAGGCCAACCUGAGCUCAGAGAACCCCAAUAUCCAGGUAACUAUUGAGGUGGAUCCCAGUUCUCAGGCGGAGGUGGAGCUGGAUCUCUCGGACACUCGCACGGAUUGGGGGGACCCGCAGUGGCGGACGCACCACGCGCUUUUCUGGCCGCUCUUCUGGGAAUACAACGACUUCUCUGACGCCGACGUUUCUACGAUGGACGACGUUCAGAACACGGGCGAGACGUCACAGUACGAAUGGGAGGAGAACGUCUUGAGCGGAGGCGACUACGACGGACACGGAGCACCCGACGAAAACUGGGUUACUGACAAGUAUCUGUAUGAUUACGAGGAAGAUUGGAGUCCUUGGUCUCCGUGUAGCGCCUCGUGUGGUCGCCCUAGUCAGAGACGCACGCGCUCCUGCGGAUAUUCCUGUACGGCAACAGAGUCUCGUGUGUGUGACCUCCCGCCAUGUCCAGGAGAAGACGAUGCAGAGGAUUCAACAUUUCUGGGGACGCAGGAGGCGCAGAGCAUCGCUCCCACCCGCCAGUCAGCCCCCCAGGACAGCUGUGAGCGGUGGCUAUCCUGUAGGAGUGAGUUCCUCAGUAACUACCUCCAGCGGGUGCUGACUGAGUUGCCCAGCUGCCCGUGUGUCUUCCCUUCGGAGGCGGUGUACAGCUCCCUGGUGUUGCGGGAUGAGAGGCUGUCGAGCACUUUUCGUUGGCACGAUGCCAGCGGUCUGCGGGAGAGACUGGACAUCUACAACCCUGGCGCUCGCUUCUGUUUGCGUUCUUUGCUCUCGAGGGACAGCAGCAGCCUGGGAGCGCAGCAUUGCUGUUAUGACCAUUCCCUGAGACUAAUCACCCGGGGCCGUGCGGCUGGGAUCCCCAACCUCAUCAGUGCGGAGUUCUCCCCCGAACUUCAUUACAAGGCGGAUGUUCUGCCCUGGAUCCUGUGCAAAGGUGACUGGAGCCGGAUCCACCCCCUGCGGCCUCCUAACAACGGGAACGGCUGCCCUGAAAACCCCGCCGAGGAGGAGGAGUACCUGGCCCAGCAGCAGGAUGCCCAGGAAUUCUAGGAAACGCUAUGGACCAAGACACUGAAUGGCGUAGUGGGAGGAGCUUUCACAGAUUUGUAAUAUAUUGCACACAUGUAAUUAUACAUUUGAUAACUGAA